AGAGACUGAAAACUCUGUAAGCCACAUGUCAGGGUUAAUAAUCUGCUACUGUUUCAAAGAAGGCUUUGGCUCCUCAAAAGCUCAACUUCUUCAUUGAAGAAACCAGUCAGUGGAUACACUCUACAUAACGUUAUAAUGUCAGGGAAGGAUAUUGGUGUCUUCCUUUUGCUACUGAUAUUAGGAUGGGAUUGUGGGAAAGCUAUGAAAGACCUGCACCUUGAAGCAACUGACCAGGAGGUGUUCUGGGGAGCCGACCAAUACGACUUUGCCAUUGUGCUGCCUGCCUCGGGCCUCGAGUGCUUCUGGCAUUUUGCACACCAAGGCGAACACUUUUAUCUCAACUUCAUGGUUCAGUGGGCGACAGGGGUGGGUGUGAACAGACACCUGUCAGUCACUGUAAAUGCUCCAGGUGGCCUUAUCAUGGGCUCAGUAGAUGAUGUCACAGGGGAGAUUGCCUUUGAUGCUAAAGAGACUGGUUUUUAUCAGAUGUGCUUUAGCAACUUCCACAACCGAUUUGGCAGCAUGCAGGUCUUCAUGAACUUCGGUGUGUACUACCAGGAUUCAGGAGAUUCCAAGAAGGAUGACAAUGCGAAACAGUUGAAUAGCACACUUGAUACCAUUGAGGACAGCUCCACCCGGCUGCAGUCUUCUGUAUUCCACAUGUGGCGUUACUAUAGCAUUGAGCGCAUGAGAAGAGCGACCGAUUACUACCUGCUCCAAUCCAACUCUAACUACAUCAGCACUUGGUCGGCUGUGCUUAGCCUCGUCAUCAUCCUGUCUGGAUACCUGCAGCUCUUCUUCCUCAAAAGGCUUUUCAAAACAAAGCAGACCACAGAGACUGAAAAGCCCCGCUGUUGAUCUGUUCUUUACAAAUGAUGGUGAUCACAUGUCUGAGGACAUAAAGGACAUUAUUAGGCUCAUGAAAUUCCAUGGUUUUCCCCACUAUCCCUCUUCCUGUGCUAUUCUUUCAUAGUUAGUAGAAUGUCAAUAGAAAACGUGAAUAAAGCUCACUAAAUCUCUUA